CUUCCAGUCAUGGCGUCUGCUGAUCUGAGAGACGAGCUGACCUGCUCCAUCUGUCUGAGUAUUUAUACAGAUCCUGUAACCCUGACAUGUGGACACAGCUUCUGCCGGGUCUGUAUUGGGGAUGUGCUGGACACACAGGAGGGAUCCGGAGCCUAUAGGUGUCCUGAAUGCAGAGCAGAGUUUCAGGAACGUCCGGCACUGGAGAAGAACAGGAAGCUGUGUAACAUUGCCGAGCGUUUCCUAUCUAAUCACCCAGACCAGGGGCUGAUGAUUCUUUGUACAUACUGCAUUAACAACCCUGAACCAGCUGCUAAAACAUGUCUGAUGUGUGAAGCUUCUCUGUGUGAAAACCACCUGAAGGUCCACAGUAAGUCACCAGAACACGUCUUAUUGGAACCCACAACUUCCUUGCAAAACAGAAAAUGUUCCACUCAUAAAGAGAUCCUAAAAUACUACUGCUCUGUAGAUGCUACCUGCAUCUGUGUUUCAUGCUGCUUAAUUGGAGAGCACAAGGGUCACCAGAUAGAGACCCUGAGCGAGGCGUCCGAGAAGAAGGGGAUGAAGCUGAGAAAUAUUCUGCAGAAACUGACCUCAAGAAGAGAGGAGACUGAGAAAAGAGUCCAGAGUCUGCAGGAGCACAGAAAGGCAGUGCAGGCAAGUGCAGGCAGCAUAGCAGAGCAAGUUACUGCAUUAAUUAUGGACAUCAGAAAACAGCUGGAAGCCCUGGAGAAGCGAGUCCUGAGUGAGAUCUCCAGGCAGAAAGAGCAGGUCUCACUCCGAGUCUCAGAUCUAAUCCGGAAGCUGGAAAUAAAGAAGGAGGAUCUGUCCAGGGAGAUGGGUCACAUCGAGGAGCUGUGCAACACGACGGACCCAUUAACUGUCUUACAAGGAUGGAAAUCCCAUAACACUGACAUUUUGGAUGUUGAGGCAGAAGGUAAUAAGCAGGCCCAUGCUGUAGGAGACAUGGAUGUAAAUCUGAUCACAGAGACCUUACACACAGGUUUAGAUGUUAUUGUAUCUAAAGUAAAGAGACGGCGCCAUCCUCUGGAGGCUUCAGACAUAUUACUGGAUGUGAACACCGCUGAAAGAUAUGUUACUGUAUCACAUGACUUGAAAACUGCCUCCUCUUCAGAAACAAUAAAGGAUUAUCCAGAUACCCCAGAAAGAUUUCUAGAUUAUGAUCAGGUGUUAAGCACCAGGAGUUUCUCCUCAGGCCGACAUUACUGGGAAGUGGAGUGCAGUGAUUUAGGGCAAUGGUGUGUAGGGGUGACAUAUCCCAGUAUAGAGAGGGAGGGAGAUCAGUCAUGGAUUGGGGGUAAUAACAAGUCCUGGGGAUUAUGGAGAUUUGAAAGUAGGAGCUAUUCUGUAAGCCAUGACAAAAAAAGGAUCUCUUUACCUCGUAUCCCUACCUGUCUGCGAUUUGGAAUAUACCUGGAUUAUGUGGCUGGACGGAUCUCCUUCUAUGAGCUUUGUGACCCAAUCAGACACUUACACACCUUCACUGCCACCUUCACUGAGCCGCUUCAUGCUGGGUUUAGUGUAAUAGAGAAGGCUUGGGUGAAGAUCAGAAGCCAGGAUUAAUUAUUUCUGAUAUUACCGGCUCAUGGAAAGGUAUCUAAUUGG